GGCAACAUUUGAAGUAGGCCUUAAACAUGAAUCUUUUGAUUUAUGUCCUACUUCUGUCCAUUUGGACAACUAAAUGUUCAAAUAUAAGCAGACAUAAUGAAUCUUCUACUGUAGGUCUUAAGUCUCCUGAUGCUUACUCAGAAGACUCGGACAUGUUUAAGAAACAUCUAAUCAACAUUGUAACUGGAAUUAUGUUCGUGAUCUUUUUAUCUACUUGUUUUUGCAUGAUUCAUUAUAAUUGCAUGAUUGAACCCCUCAAAGAUAACUCAGUCAAAAAUGAAGGUACAGGAACCACAUUAUCCUGUCCACCUGUACUACCACUCAACGACUCCAAGAAAAACGAUUUGAAUUUGUGUAGUCCAAAAAAACAAGGCCUGCUAUCUAAUAAAGGCAAUUUACCUAGGCCUUCAACUACAGAAACAUCAUCCAUACCAUCCAGUGCAGGAAAGUUAAACAAGCAAUUAAGGUCCAAAAAGUCAUUCAAGUCAUCAAGCCGUGCAGAAGCAUUCAAAUCACCUUACCUGAAAAAGUCACAUAAGAUGCGGCUGAAAAAGAAACGUAAGCUAAAUUAUAUCCAUAAGCAUGCUGCACAAGUCCAUUCAGCUGAGGAAGUCAGGGUACUUUUGCAAGAUAAUCUACAGUCUCUAGGAGGACCUUAUCCAGAAAAUCAAACGCUGCCAGCCAAACCAAUGAAACUGAACAAACCACCUAAAACUCAUCGUCCAAAAAUGUCAGGGAGUGCAGGAAAGACACACAUGGUACCCAAACCCCGAUCAAGCACAUCUUGUCACUAUUACAAGGAAAGAUGCCUUGUUUGCAAAACUUCUAAGACUUUAGCCAGUAUGUCUGAAAAAAAGAAAAAAGCUGAAUGUCUUCCUGUUUCAAGUGAAAUAAUAUCUUUUUCUAGGUCCCUUUAUAAGGUAGAUUCCCAGGACCAUGCAUACAUUGCUAAUGUGGGUGACAAUGGUACAAUUGACAGUGAUGAUGACAGUGAUAAAGAGAUUACCAUUAUUUUAAAUGUAACGAGCAACGAUUUAUUCCUAAGGGCACCUUACAAGAAUUAAGGGCUCAAUAAAAAUAACAACUAUAAAGGAGCAGAUUUAUGCCAACUAUUUUAUGGUUGCCUUCACUUAAGACACUAGUAGAAAAUCUACUUCUGAUGACCAUCAAGAUUACACCUAUCCAUCUUUGAGGCAAUGUAUCUUAAAAAUCUCUAUUAAAUGCUCGAUAUAGCAAA